AUGCUUUGCAAAGUUUCUCCAACUCACAAAGUUUUGGUGAGAUAUUUGCAAAAUAUUGAUACAUCAGACCAGAAUGGAGUAUUACUAGAUGUUGCUACUCCAUUAAAGAAAAAGAAGGUUAGCAAGAAAGAUGCGAAGGGUUCAUCCUCAUUAAAAGUACAAGAUGAAACUAAUCCAACUGAAGAAACUUUAUCAAAGUCGAAGAAAGAACUCAUACCUUCUAAGUCUGGGGUAUUGAAGAAAAUUCGCAAAGCUGAAGUGAAUAGUAAAGGUGUUACUAUUUGCAGUAUUCCAACACCAGUUUCUCCAGGCAAGAAACGACAACGAGCUGAAGAUGUUGCAAAAAAUAUGCAACGUACACUUGUCAAAAGGAGGAAGAUGGUGAUUCACAAUGAAUCAUCUGAUGAAGAAAUCGUACCAGAAAAUCCACCCGUCACAUCUAUGAAAUUGAAGGCCAUUAUUCAAACGCAAGCUGAUUCUGGUAGAAUAUCUUCUAUAUCAGCCAUGGAGGUUGAUGUCAUGAUAAAAGGGGCUGAGAAGCGUAUCAUGGAAAAGGUUGAUCAAACAGACAAAAAUAAUGAGCUUAGAAUUAAAGCACAAGGGAGCAAUUUUACUUCCGUUGUUCAAGAUUUAAAAGCUGCUACAAAAGAAUGUCAUAUUCUUUUUGUACAAGAUGUAAAGAAAGUUCGUGAGGAUGUAAACUUUAAGAUUCACGAGUUGAAGUCUGAACUUGCGAAGGAUCUUCAGGAUAUUCAUACUAAACAUGCAGAUGUUCAAAAGCAGAUUGUGGAGGUUUCUUCCAAACUCCAAAAGUUUAUUAAUGUUCCUGUUCUUGAAGCUCAUAAAGAAGAAACAAAGGAGAAGUUUGAUCAGCUGACAAAGUUGGUGACUGAGCUUAAAACAACAGUUUCGCAUUCUUCAUCAACUCAAAUCCUUACUCCUAAAUUCUUGUCUCUAAAGAUUACUACUUUAGAACAAGCAAUUCAAAAAGCCCUUGCUCCACUUACAAAUUUUACUUCUUUACUACCGAAAAGUGCUGCACCUGUUUUCACAGGGGUGCAAGGGGGAGAGAAAAGUCGAAGUAAAGAAGAGGAGGCAAAAACUGUUGGAAAAGUGAUAUCGACUCAGCUUAUAGCCACUCUUCCUAUACCUACGAAACCGAUUUCUUCAACUACAAUUACCACAAAAACAGUUUCCAAAGGUAUUGUUAUUGAAGAAAAUGAAGGAGGUUCGAGUUCAAAACCUCAAACAGAUGUUCAUAUGGAAGAAAACAAUCUUAAAGGCUCUGAGACAGAUGUGUUCAAGGUUGGCUUCGCACAUGUGAAGACAUUCAUCGACAACUAUUUUGACUGUUUGGCCCUUAAAGAUGAUGAAUUAGCUAAUGUGCUGGGUAGAGAAGUAAAAGUUCGUUGGGAAGAAACUUUAUCUCAAUCAGCUUUGUCGAAGUAUGUUGUUGGUGAAAUAUGCCUAAAACCAUUUGGCAUGGUGUUUUCUGGAAGAGACACAAAAGGAAAACCGAAGAAAUUUUUGUUCAAAGUCUCGGAGAUUGAAAGAUAUAAUUCUUCGCAAUAUAUGCACUUUAUUGGACUGAGGUUAGAAGUAGAAGAGAGACUUUUCGCAACAAAUAUCUCUUCUCUGCUUAUUUUGUAA